AUGCGGUACGACAAAAACAAAAUCCAUGAUAUAAAUACAGUAUUCGAAGAAUUUCCGAGUUCAAAUGGUUACUCAAUAAAUUCAAUGUUUUUGAGACGAGUUUUUGGAUUAGGCUCCAGCAGCUCGGACGGCGAAAUUUUCAAUGUCACUUUUCAUGUACAUUUACCAAACUUUGACCGAACGGGUGAACCAGUAGUUAUUGGUAGUGAUGACAAAUUAGGAAAUUGGCAGAAACUAAAUAAACUUGAACAACCUGAUCCUCACAGCCAUCCUACUUAUUGGAGAUCAAAUCCUAUUAAUAUUUUUCUGUUACGUGAGAACAUGUCAGAAAUUAAAUAUAAAUAUGGAAUAUCUUUUAAGGGUCAUGUGGAUUAUGAAGGCGAAGGGGAAAGAUUUGAACAAACUCGCACGUUGGACACAACAAUAAGCGAUCAAUAUGACAUAUGGUUAAAUAACAAGAAAUAUUUUAUGAAUAUCGAUGAUUUUGCAUUCGUUGAUGUCAUAUAUCAAUCAACUGAUGCCAGUAAUUAUAAAGAAAAGAUUAUGCAGUAUCAAUCGCUGUUAAAGAAUCAUGGUCACCACGCUCGGGAUGUUGCCAAUAUUGAAUUCAUCAUCAGUAAAAUUUGUCCUUCCCAAGCAAGAGAGAAGCGACUUUUCCUUUGCGUCCUCCUUGGAUAUCAUAUAAAGCAUCAUCAUAUAAUCCAGCUUCCUCAACAUUUCCAAUCUGUCGAUUUACUUGAAACACUAGAAAAUGUAUCCGAUGAGACAUUACCGAGUAGCACUUUAGAACUAAUGCCGAGAGUAUUACAAAGUUUAGUUCAACAUAAUGCAGCAUCUAAGUCUUUCGUGUGGAUUGGAAUUUUUAAGUCUGCUCGCAUCUUAGACCCUCAAUUCUCUUUUGUCGAUUCAUUUAUUGGCGUUGAGUAUAAUAAUGAAGAAUUAGUCAAUUUUUUUAAAAUUUGGAAUAAAAGUGCUAAAACUUACAUGAAAUAUAUUGGAGAAGAAGCAUAUACAAAAAUUGCCAGGCACCUGAUCAACAUUUCUCGCACUAUGUCAUUACUUACUGCAACAUGGAAAGAUAUUACUGAUCGUUCCAUAAAUGUUAGUAAUAGAGUUCGACAAUUUUUGAUCGAGCGUACUAGAAUUAAUAUUGAUAAUUCUGAUGCAAGUGCAUUUACUUUAAUUAAUGAUUAUGAUAAAAUUCCCCCGGAUUUUCGAAAUGAAGUUUCGGGAAUUUUUUGCGACAGAGUUAUUUAUUUACUAAAACAUCCUCGUACUGAGUGGAAUAUAAAUAAUAAUUUGAACUCAAUUGAAAUACUUCUAUUAUCUGAGUCUAUGUAUUGGACUCCAGACAGCUACCUCAAUGCAUUGGAGGCCAUUUCCCAGUCAAAAGAGAUCAAAAUCUUAAAUAUUUUCUUAAAAUUAUUGAAACAUUGGUUCGCCAUUAAUAAUUCUUUACAUGAUUCUAAGAAUCCAAAAAUUUUAACAAUUUGCAGGGAUUGGUUUAAUAGUGUUUUAGCUCGUUUAAAUGAAUCACAUAAUUCAUCUGCUAAUGGAUUAUUUAUAUUUUCAGUUUUCAAUUAUUUAUCAGAGGCUUAUAAAGUGGUCAAAGGUAGAGAAAGAAUAUACGAAGAAUUAUCAAGAAUUGCCACAACCCGAGUUAGGGAAUGUUCAGAACAAAGAAUUCUUAAAGCAACAACUCGAGUUGUGAAUCUAGACGUAAAUGUAGUUCGGGAAUUCAUUAACAUAGCAGCUGAUCUAUUAAAACAUUCUGUUUAUAAUGCUGAUGCUCAACUCUUGGAUAAAAUUCAAUUUAUUUGUGGUAAUACAAAAACUGAUGGACUAAAAAUUAAUUUUGAUAUAGUAACUAAUCUACAGUCACAUUAUAUUCCACCUUCAACACCUGAACAUCAUUUGAAACUUCUCAAUUCUGGACAAUUUUGGGAGGUAAUUUUUCGUGCAGAAGGCCAUGUCGAAAAUUUACAUAAACAUCCCCAUGUUCAACAAAUACGUGAUGACAUUAAUCAGCUGGCAGUCUUAAUUGCUGAGAAAACUAUUGAUAUCAAAUCACUUCUGUUACUUUUAAAACAUAAUGAUAUAGAGCUAUUCACAUAUUUGGAUUGUCCUAAUUCGAAGGCGGUGUUUAUCUCAAAACAGGAUAUUAGUGAGGCCAGAAAACAUUGCAAAAAUUACGAGUCCACCUUAAAUGAACUUAGAAUAUAUUACGAGACCUUCUGUUCAACCUUAAAAGUUUCGGAUGCGCACGACUAUCUUUCAAAAAUAGAUACCGAAUCUAGGAUGUUAUCCCGACUUAGACUCAAAGAUAUUUUAAAUCCUGACCAUUGGGAAUUUCAUAGUGAAACAAUAGAAAUGGCAAGAAAAGUAUCCGGAUUUGCCAAAUCUAAGACAUUUGCAAACAUUUUUAAUUUACUUCUUAGUGAAGUAACAGAAACGUUGACAGUUGAAGAUAUCACAAAAACGAUACUUACUAAAGCGCUGGAAAGAUUUGCUCAAUUAUGUCAGCAAUAUAAAGAUCAAGAUUGGGAAAAAUUAAAAUGUUCCGAUGCAGUUUUCCUCUGGAAAGGUGUAACAAAUGUAGAAUUCGAACUUAGAUUAAUGGGAAAUUAUGUUGCUCUCAGCAAAAACCAAAAACAGUAUGACCACCUUGUCAGGACUCUUAAACGACUUGUAUCCAUACCAGAUUGGGUUGUUCGUCCUAAACAAUUAUUCACGAUUAUCGAAAUAUUUGAUGUUCCACAUGAAAAAGACGAUUGGUUUACAAAAUCUCGAUGUACUUUGCAAGAUGAUAUUAUAACCCUUGGAAAUUUAAGUAACUUUUUUGAUUAUCUUAAUGAAAAUCUUACUAAAAUUGAUAGUGAUACUUGCUGGCUUUUGAUUAAAGAAUUAUCCGCUGCUGGCAAUUUUUUAGAAUUCCUUAAAAGUAUUUCUGAACAUGAUAUAAGAAAUCUUAUUAAUGGUGUUGAAGAUUUUAAUAAUGAGCGAUUAAACCAAGAGGAUACUGUUGCUUCAUUAAUUCAAGUUCAACAAUUGCUACUUCAAUUGAUGAAUAAAGUGAAAUCGAGAGAUAUAAGUAUUAAAAAAUUUCUUGCCGAUUUAGCCACCAUCAAUGCCGAUAACCCUACAUUAGUUGGAAAAAUUAUUUUGAGCUCAAGUUGUAAUAUGGCUUUACAAAAUAUUUAUAAAAACAUUUCAAAUCGAGGUGAAGUUACUAAAGAAAGGAUUCAAAAUGCCGUUAAAGGAGGAACUUAUUCAUUUGAACGUGUUGGCAAAGAUGAAAAGUUUACUGUUAAAUUGAUAUAUCCCUCCAAAGAGAGUAAUGUAAAGCCUUAUUCUCUGUCUGACUUACAAUAUUUGAGAGGACGUGCGAUGCUAAUUGCUAAACCUACUUCCGCAGUAAACUUGAGUAUGGAUGCAAAUGAAGAACAAAUAAUGGAUAAAUUUGUUGAAUUUGUUCGUGAAGUUGAUUUGGUUCACGAGAUUUAUAAUGUCGGAGUUAAACUCAUACAGAUGGGGAAUUUCGGCUACCGGAAAUACAAGAAAUCGGUUUCUGGUGGCAAUAAGAUGAAAGAAUUAACCGAGUUACUUAAAUCACUUAAAGAGGAUUUGAAUCGAUGGGAAAAAAUCGUUGAUAAAGCACAGGAAAUUCAUUAUUACUUGACAUUUUUCCCCGCUCAUCAUAUUUUAACUUUUCUUGACUAUUUCACUAAUGAUGAUCCAGCCAAUGGAGAGAUUUGUAAAACUCUUAUUCGAUUUGUGAAUGAAAAGGCCAGGUUAAUGCCAAUCAAAAAAGAUGUUUUUAAAAUUUCACAACAAAAUUAUUUCGAAAUUCUUUGUGAAAUUGGUGCCAAGAUAAAAAAUAUAUUUAGUGACAUUCCAAUUCAACUACGUCCAAUAAAAACAAAAGGUGUAGUGGUUCCAUCUGAUAUAGUGCAUAGAGGAAGGUUAUUUGUUGCUGCUUGUAAUGAUAAGCUAUUAAUUCCAAAUAUCAUCAUGUCAAUUUAUACAAAUCAUGGAUAUUUUCCUGAGCCAUGGCAAAUUUUGAUUUGCAAAUCAUUCACUACUAUGGAGGAACUUUCAAUUUUUAUCAAACGUUGUUUCCUUGCAGCUGAUAAUGGAUAUAAAGAUCACCUAUUCUGCAUUGCAAAUUUAGAGAUACUUGAGUUCGAUUUACAAUAUAAUUUAGUAAAUCAUAUAAGAUCUUUACGUGAGAAUCAUGAUGAUUAUUUAUUGGCAUUAAUUUGUUGUCGUGAGGCAGGACUUCAUUAUCACAUUUUAGAUCAAUUUUUAUCCGAAGUAGUUAAUACCUAUGGUUUAUGUAGUGAAACAAUGAAGGCUAUUUAUUCUGAAUUAUGUCCAAAUGUUUCAUGUGUAUUCUCGGAUCUAUCUGGGCAAGGAAAGAGUGAAUGGAUUAAACAGUCUAGUUUCCUAAAACAUAAAAUUCCUCGUAGUUUCCUUAUUAGUGAUGGAAUCAAUUUUAGUAAACUAGUUCAUCAGCUCAAAAAAUUUCAAUUUCAUGAACUUCAUGAAGGAGAAAGUUUGCAUAUUAAUAUUGUUUCAGCCAAUAACAGUAGUGAUGUCAAUAUGUUCUUAUUUGAAUUGCUUACAUUAGGAUUUGUAUUUAAUGAUAUGGAAAUCGUAUAUCUUCCAAAAACCACAAUUUUCAUUGAAAUUGCUUCUACCGACGAACAAAAAUUACUUUAUUCACUUCCAAUCACAAGUUAUUUUGACAAAACUCAUAUAUUCUGGGAUAUUAAUAGUUUAAUUGUGUCUAAUGAAAUUCAUAGUCCAAUUCAAAUUGUAUCUUAUUAUUUGAAUGCACUUGAUCAAGCUACAAUUGACGAAAAUAAUAUUCAUUUCUCUGGAGAAGGAGCCAUUACUCAACCUUUACCAGCGAAAAGAUGUCAAGAACUAGUAGCCAAAUAUUUCUUCGAUGAAAACACGGAUAAUAUUUCAUCAUUUCGUUUUGUAGAAAUUUUUAUUAAUGUUUUAGCUGAUCAAUUGGUGCGUUUUUCAUCAAGUUCAUACAUCCGCGUUGAGAAUUUGAAACAAAUUGUAAAAGACGAAGAUUUAAGAACAACAUUAUUACGAAAACUAAUAGAUGUUUCUAAAGACUUUGCAACUCGAUCUGUUCAAACUAAAGUAACACAAUCAGAAUCAAUUGGAAAUAUUGAUGCAGAUUUUGAAGACAUUAAAAUUGACAUUAAAUCAUGGGAUGACUCAAAUCACCUUUUAGUGUGCUUCAUGUCUCAAAGUCCAGACUCAAUUUGUACUUUAUAUCGAGACCCCAAGAAAGUUGAUGAAAAUGUGAAGUCUUUCUUGAGAAGUCACUUUCCCGGUAAUCUCAGAGAUUGGAAACUUGAAGAUUAUAAUAGUCUGCCCGAUAGAGAACUUUUAAUUACAUUGGAGUGUUUGGCACGUAAGACAACAAAGAAAAUUAAUUUGCCUUAUUAUGCACUAUCAGCUGAUAAUUUAGUUAAGAUGGCAUUAAUCUUACUAAGAGCUCGGGCUAACAUUCCGGUUGUUGUGAUGGGCGAAGCCGGAUGUGGAAAGACAAGUUUAAUAAGUUAUUUGGCAGGAGUUGUUGAAGUCAAGUUCAUAGCAUUAAAUCUUCAUGCAGGAAUUUCAGAGGCCCAAAUAUUAGAUUUUAUGUCUAAGGUUGAAAAUGAAGCUGUAAACGGUGAAAUAUGGAUAUUCUUUGAUGAAAUCAAUACAUGUGAUCAUAUUGGUCUUCUAGCAGAUCUUAUUGCUCAUCAAAUGUUGCUCGGAAAUGCAAUUCAUCCAAAUAUUCGAUUAUUCUCUGCCUGUAAUCCAUAUCGAAUUCGAACAAUCCAAGCUGGAUUAAAGGCCAAAGUCAAUAGUUAUGAAGAACUAAGUAAACUUGUAUAUCAAGUCAAGCCACUUCCGGGCCAAAUUUUGGAUUAUGUGUGGGACUACGGUAUUCUUCAAAAAAAUGAUGAAAAAAGAUAUAUCCAAAUAAUGACACACGAAGAACUUAAAGAUUGUGAAUUGAACCAUCCAGUGCUUACAGAACUCUUGUUUGGAUCCCAAGAAUUUAUUCGUUCAAUUGAAGAAUCAUAUAGUGUUAGUUUACGUGAUGUGAAGAGAGUCAUCAAAUUGAUAAGGUUUUUCAAUUAUAGUCUAAGUAAUCGUCCAAGACGGACAAAAGAAAUAAUAUAUCCAGAUAAUAGUAUAGAACUGCGAUUUCGGUGUUAUAUUUUAGCACUUGCUCUUUGUUAUGAAUCUAGAAUUUAUGAUCGUGAAGAACGUGUGAAUUAUCGGAAAGAUAUGAUUGAAAUUUUUAGGUCAAAGGGCGUUAAUUUAGAUCAUCAUAAAUUUAGGGAAAUAAUUAAACAAGAGCAAGACGACAUUGUAAAACGAAUGAAUAUGCCCCCAAAUACUGCAUUAAACGAGGCUCUCUUAGAAAAUGUAUUAGUAAUGAUCGUUUGUAUUCUGACAAGAAUACCAGCAUUUAUUAUUGGUGCACCAGGGUCAUCCAAAUCUUUAGCAAUUCGAUUAAUUAGCCAAAAUCUUCGUGGUAAAUAUUCAAAUGAUCAAUAUUUCCAAACCUUGCCACAGGUUUAUCUUAUACCACAUCAAGGUUCAUCAUCUUCCACUUCUGAUGAUAUUAUUAAAGUUUUUCAAAAAGCGGUUAAAUAUCAGAACACAAGCACGGAUGAAUUUCCUUCGAUCAGUGUUGUUUUACUAGAUCAAGUUGGAUUGGCUGAAACUUCUCCACAUAAUCCUUUGAAAAUUCUUCAUUCUUUACUUGAACCAAGUUAUCCUGCUGAUGGUCCGACUGUAUCUGUUGUCGGAAUUAGUAAUCGGAGAUUAGAUGAUAGUAAAAGUAGCAGAGUAUUAUUAGUUCAAAGGCCUAAGUUUGGAAUUGAAGAUCUUGUGGAGACCGCAGAUCAGUUACUUGAGGGUAAUGCACGAUCCAUGUCUCUUAAACUUCUUGCAGAAGCAUAUUCAGAAUAUGAACAAUCCGGACAAAUUCUUCAUCCAAAUUUCCACGGUCUUCGUGAUUAUUAUGGUCUUGUAAAAAGCUUAUCUAUGACAGAUAUGACACCCGAUAAUAUUCAAAUGGCUUUAGCUAGAAAUUUUGGUGGUACAGAUCAAAAUGCAAGAUUUUGUGAAGAAUACUUUGGUAACGUUUUGCAAAAAUUCAACAAUUACGGCGAAUGGAAAUAUGAACCAAUCUCAACUUCAGAAUUAAUUAAUGCCAAUUUAAGAGAUAAAAGCGCAAGACAUUUAAUGGUUAUCGGGAAAAGUGAUUCUAUUGUUAAUAUUUUAGAUUUCCAGUUAAAAAAUCAAGGUUUAGAACCUAUGAUGUGUGUUGAAGCAGGGAGACCUCUUAUAUUAACAGAUUUAGAUAUUAUUUAUGGUGCUCUUUAUGAUUUAUGGGAUCAGAAUUACAUUGUUUAUGGGAAUAAAGAAAAUCCUAGGCACUUUAUUAGAGUUUCUCUUGGGACUUAUGCUAAUCCAAUGUUGUAUGUGGUGGAUAAUAAAUUUAGAUGUAUUUUAGUUCUUGAUGAAUCUAAACUUGAUAAAGCAGAUCCACUACUUUUAAAUAGAUUUGAAAAACAAAGAUUGACCUUUGAAGAUGCACUCACAAAACAUCAAUUUGAUAUUGUAGAGAUUUUGGAAGAAUGGGUUAGACAAAUGGGAACAUUGGUCUCGAAGAACGGAAUAACAUCUCUUAGUGACUUCACAUUGAAGGAUCUUUUCAUUGGCUUUGAUCCAGAUGAAACUUUACAAAGUCUAGUCAUGUACAUUAUGAAAAUGAAUCCUGAAAGUCAACAUGAAGAAAUUCUUAGAAAAUGUAAAGAAUCUCUUGUUGCUAUUGCUUCAGCGGAUGGAAUUAUAAGAGCCACAAAAUCAGGUAUCGAUCUAGAAGAAAGUUUAUUUUGGAAGAAUGUUUACUUCCCACCACUUAAACAUAAGAACCAACAUCAUGAUGAUUUAUUUUGGAAUAAUGUUUUCUUCCCAUCACAAGAAGGUUGUAAUCAAUUUCAUUAUCAUUUAGAAGAUUAUUUCAUUGCAUUAUUUUGUGAGGGUGACUCAAAACCAUUAUUAGUUAUCAUAAAUACUUUUUCAAACAUCAACACAGAUGUUAAAGAAUGCCUAGAGAAAGUAAUGCAAGUUCAAGUAUAUAAAUUAUCAACAUUCAAAACCGAAUCACAACUUCAUAAUAGAGUUAAACACUUCUGGUUUGAAUCUGAUGAUCAAAUGUUGGUUAUUCAGUGUGAUGUGGCCGCCAAAAAUUCGGGAUGUAUUAAGUUGGCUAAAUUUAUCAUUGAACAAUAUCGCAAUGAAUUUCUUCAAAUAAAAACCCAAAAAAUGAGAGCAAAACAUGCAUGUAUUAUUUUACAUAUUCAUAGAGAACAAGAAACACAAUUUUUAUCUUUUAAUUUUAUGUGCGGAUGGAGACAAGUUACAAUUGAAACUUUGGUCCCUCAAGAGAAACAUUUGUCAGCACUUUUGGAUGGAUCUUUGAUAAAUAUAAUGGAAUCUAUUUAUCCAUUUGAAGAGAUAUUGAAACAAGAAUUAUUAUGGUGUCUUCUAUGUAUAAAAUAUCCUUCUACAGAAAAUUCAAUUAAUCACAUUAAAAUUAUCAGUUCCGAGAUUUUCAAGCAUCCUAACUUUGUUGAAUGUCUCAAAGAGAAAACGUUCAUCUUGAUUAAUAAAAAAUCAUCACCUACAGACUGGCAAUAUCAUGUGGCAUCUAAUAAACAGUUAUUAUAUCCUUAUUCAUCUUUUUCUGCCGCCUUACAGGCCUAUAUUCAUUCUUUUGUCAGAAAUCCAAUUGCAAAAAUGUUAUAUUCUCUUGAAAAAUUAUCAGCCAUCAAGACAUUUUUUGAUAUUGAUCAGCCUGAAAAUAGAAUAGAAUCUCUUAAAUUAUGGAAAGACAUGUUUGAUGAUCCAAUAGUAAUGGCAACUGAUGAUCUUGUUGACCCUGACCCUGGCAUUUAUACAUUACCACAAAUUUAUGAUUUGCGUUUCCCAUUUUCAUAUUAUUUUAUGAAAAGAAUUGAUGAUUUUAAGGAAGAGUAUUUAGAAGAAAUAGCCAAACUUAAGCAAGAUAAAGAUAAUUGUGAUAAAUUUGGAGAACUUCAACCAUUUGUUGAAGAUAAAACCUAUCAUAUAUUUAAAUCCAACAUUUUUUCUUCAAUAUUGCAUCUCCGAGAUGCGCUACUGGAAGAAUUUUCGGAAUUAUACUUCAAUGAUUUUGUUACAGUUGUUUCUAGUAUUCUUGGAGAAAAAAAGGAUGUCAAAUUAUUAUCCUUAAUUUUGCAACAACUUUUGGAUGAAGAAAAAAUUAAUGACCCUGUGUACUUACACGUUUAUUGGUGGACAAAUUCAAGUACAAUAUUAGCAGACUUUCAAUUAGCUCAGUUAUGUCCAACAAUUAUUAAUGACCUUCCAGAAGAGAGAGCUAAUAACACCUUUGAAGAUUUUCCCAUUCAAGAAGUAACAACAAUUAUGCUUAAUAAGUUAAGUGAAAUCAAUGUUCACCAAAUGAAUCAAUGGCAAAAGCAAUCCACAAAAUUUAUAACUUAUGCUGGAAAGCAGAUGCAAUCUCAAAAAUUUUCAUCUUUUGAAUUAUUACGAAUAUGCAAUGAACUUGUUUCAAAAUCAAUUUCUUUGUCAGAUAUUAAGAAAAUAGCAAAACUUGGUCAAACUUCUGAUGGACUUAAAAUAUUUUCAGAAAAAUAA